GAUUAUACCCUUGGCUGUUUUGGUGAUGUCAUCAGCGCCAGGUGGUAUGAAUGAAUCAUUCCCCCUGCCGUAGCGUAGCACCUCGUGCCCGACUUCUAAGCACAUCCACCACAUCUACCUAUUUCGUUUCUCAAAAUCCAAGUUAGUAAUUUAUCCAGCAAUAGGCUUAAGUAAAGCCAACACAAUCUUCCUAAAAAUACAAUUUUGCGUCUCCAGCAAUAUCUGCCACCCCUCGACCUAUACCCGUCACACCCAUCCCAUCCCAUCCCAAUCCGAUCUGGAAACAUGGCUGGCCGAUCUAGUCAAGAUUUCCAAGCCGGAAAAACUGGCACGACCACGCGCCAAACACGAAGCCAGACACAGAAGAACGCCAACUCUACAGCGGGUGGUGAGCAGUUGAGGCCUGAGGCCCGGGACUUCAUAACUAAGGGCCCGCAGAUUCCGGAAGGAGACAUGCCGGCAAGAGCCCCACGGGAAGAAAUCGAUGCUCGAAUGAAGGAGCUCAAUAAGUGAGGUUGGAUUUCCGUGUAGGAGAAAGCUUCUUUUGGGUUCCUCUGAUGCGGGGUAUGGGACUGAGGGGGAGUUUGAUGAUGGCACAUUUGUAUUGUGGAUUACUGCGGAACUCUGCUCCAGGAGGGAUCAUAUGUGGCGAUGUGGUGAAGAUGCUAGUCUUACAUGCCUAGCUGACCGUCGUACUAGCUACUGCGAGUAUCCAGGGCAAAAUGGAUCAGGCAUAUAGUGUAGCCUCGAAUAAAAUUCCCAUGGGGUUGCUAGUUACCUAUUGUUUACCGUCUAGGUAAAGUAAGUGCCCGAAUAAAUUAGAUCCAGAGGGCUUUCCUAUGGCCUUAUUGUGCUGUGCAAAAGAUGCUGGAACCAACAACGACGUGCCGAGUCCACCCUCUUUUACCCUAGGAACUUAGGUAGACACGCCAUUGUUACUAGGCCAAAGAGCGUCUGAAGAAUUCUCCACGUCAUUUUCCUCCCGCUCGCCUACCCGUUUGAGGUAGGUUUCAAUCCUUUCAAUGACGACCCCAGCCUCCCGCACAAUAUCCGUAUAUUUCGCAGCUUUGACAGCAAGCCGGAAGUGAAUUUCCAAAGUCCCUUCCAAGGCUUCUAGCCGAGACGGCGGCUGCCCAGCUUGCUGCCUCGGUUGCGGUUUCUGCUGCUCCCGCUGCUCAAUAUCCGGUAUUCUUCGCCCUGUCUUGUCAUAUCCACGCUCCC